GAUGGCAAUAUACACAAAGCGUGACAGCGGUUGUGUGACCGUGCCAGUUGACAUUCGACACUCAAUGUAAAUAAAGCCGGUUCCAUUACAUACUUAUACACGACGUUUGUGCUCUAAUAUCUCAAGGUGUCUAGGUUGUGCCACAUUAUGCCUUCACAAGUGACAUGGCGGAGCUUUCUUUCAGUUGAGCCAGUACUGCUUUUGUACUCCUAUUCCUUUUUCAUGAGCAUGCCUCUGCAAAGACAGUAUGCAUACUUUCGUUACAGCCAAGCCACAGGGUUCCCAUAUGAUCUGAAAGAAGAGAAAAACAUGUGCAGAGGUGGGGGAGAGAUCAGAAAUGCAACAUUUGUGAGGCUUGAAAAUGAGGUGCAAGAGCAUGCCUCGCAAUUCGACACCAGCAGUGUUAUGUGCCAAGCCCUCCCGGCCUUAAUAAUGGGCCUUCUCAUAGGUCCAUGGACUGACAGUGGUGGACGCAAGCUGGCGUUAAUGGUCCCGGUGCUUGGUUCUAUUCUAGAAUCACUUCUUACAAUCUGUGUGAUGCAUUUCUCAUGGCCUCUAUAUGUGAUAUAUGCUGGGAAAGCACUGAAUGGCCUGACUGGCUUUUUUAGUGCUCUCUUUCAGGUAUCCAUGUCAUAUAUUGCAGAUAUCAGUGAUCCAUCACAGAUAGCUUUUCGACUUGCGGUUAUGCAAUUCCUUAUAUUUGGCGGUGGUUUUAUUAGCCAGUUGCUAAGCGGAGUUGUUCUUAGCAAAUUCGGCUUCGUCUCGCCGAUGAAGAGCGUCCUUCUUAGCUCUACCAUAGCGUUUCUCUACCUUACACUCGCCGUUCCCGAAUCACUACCUGAGAGCAAGCGAUCCAAAACGCCUCUAUUCACCACAGACUGUCUUCGGCGCGUGUCGGACGUCUUCCGUAAAUCCCACGGCGGGAACCACCGCAAUGUGCUGGUGCUUCUGGCCGUUGAUUCUGUCUUUGCGAUGAUAACAAUGGGAGGAAAUGGCGCUGUGGCGAUGUUCUUGAUGAGAGAUCCUCUUUGCUUCACGCCCACUUUCCUAGGGUACUUUGUAGCAUCUAAGUUCCUGGUUGAAGGGCUUGGAGGAGUUCUUUUGAUGGCGGUAUUCAAGCGGCUUUUUACUGAAGCAAACGUGCUAAGAAUUUGUAUGGCGUGUUCUGCGUUAUCAUUGGUCGUCCUUGCAAAUACACACAGCACAGUAAUGAUAUUCACUGUUGUUCCACUUAUCAGCGCGCUGAGUGGUCCUUUGCUGCCCUCUGUGAAAGGAAUGAUGUCCAAGAUGGUUCCAACAGAGGAACAAGGCUCGUUGUUCACUGGGGUGUCAGCGGUUGAAACCUUAGCAAGGAUAUUUGGCGCAGCCGUAGUUAACGCUAUCUACGUCCGCUCGAUCGACGUAGGCAUGCCUGGGAUUGCCUUCUGGGCCUGUGCGGUAGCCCUUCUUAUACCAGUGGCACUGAUCAGCUUUUUGCAGAAGCCAAAGGAAGAAUAAGUGAGUAUGGCAGGAAGCUAACAAAACAUCGAAGAAGUUUGGCAGGCCGCUGUGACGAUGUUACAUUAACGAAAUUGUAUAGAAAAUCGUUAGAAAACUACUGACCUCGCGAUGCUUUCUUUAACUUUGCAGUUUAAAAUUGAGUCCUGUGUGAUGGUCUAGGAGAAAUCGGGAUAUGCAAAUUUUCCUCAAAAUUAUUGAUUCAAAAUAAGGUUGCACUCGGAGAAUCUGUGUCGUAACCCGCAGUAUUUCAUGGGUAUCAAAUAAAUUUAAAGGUUUAAAAAGCUUUAGCAAUAUUGUUUAUGUACCUAUAAACUAUUGUUUACGUACCUAUAAACGUUCCAUUGCGUUCAGGAUUCAGCCAAAAUAACGAGUAAAGGUAACCCAUGAUACUGAGUAAAAGUGGUACUCAAUUUAUUGAGUUAGCUUAACUCAAGACGAAGUACUCAAUUAAGUAACGAUAACUCGAAGUAUUGAGUAACACUGGUACUCAUUUAUUUGAGUUAGCUUUACUCAUAUAUGGGUAACUAAAGUCUCCUAACUGAGUAGCGGUAACUCAAAAUAUUUCCUGACCAUAUGGUAAUCGUUUUUUUAGUUAUUUUAACCCAAAUAUGGGUAACAUAAGAUUCUCAGUCGGGCAAAGGUGGAUACCCUUCGAGACACUGAAAGCGUUAAGGUGCUCAAAGUAGUCUAAGUCUCUGAUCGACAGCGCAAAUAAAUACUAUUUUACAGAUAUCAACAAGGCAUACACUGGUUCAUAGCUAUGUAUGAAUCUGACAUUAGCUAAAGACUUAUUAACGUAGCUUUUCCUAGUAUUCCCCGCAAAGAGGACACGAGACAAGGAUUUUGAAUUCUACGUGGAUAAAACUAUACGAACUCGGCUGUGAAUAGCUGUUAUACCCCCUAAAUCUUUGGAAAAACUGGCCGCUUUAUAAUGUCGCUUUGUACAAAAUACAGUGUCUGACUGACAAAUGUAUGUGGGAAAACAUUGAAAAAAUGAUUAUGCUUAAAAGAGGUUCGCGAGACUAGUAGUAAAGAGAAAACUUCGCAAACACGUCAGCAUUCCUU